AUCAGGGGUUUGUCUCUCAGACGGCUGAGAGCUGAUGGAGCGCUCUGAUGGAGACGAGUGUCUGCUGCCCGACACAGACUUCAUGAUCGACGAGCGGCGCUCUCACGCCAGCGGGAUGGAGCUGAUGGAUCGCCUCAUGUUCCUGGAGCAGCGCGUCCAGAUGCAGGACGAUGAGAUCCAGCUGCUGAAGAUAACCAUGACUGACGUGCUGAAGAGACUCGACAUCUCAGAGGAGCACAGGAGAGCACCUGCUAAAGCGGCUCGUCCUGCUUCUCUGUGUCUGGCUCCUAAAGCCACCAUCAGCUCUUCUUCCUCUUCUCUGAGGAAGAGCUCCAGCUCCACGCUUCCCUCUUCACCCUCCUCCAGGAACUACAGCCCGGCGCCCGGCGCAAAGAGGACUCCUGCUGCAAACACUAAAGACACUCAGAGCACUAAAGCAAAGACGAGCUCCUGCAGGAAACCACUGGAGACCAAACCAAAGGAAACAAGUGCAGCAAAAACAGGCUCCAGACGAGUCACUCACUGCAAAGUGACUAUGCAGAUCUCUCUGACGCCGCUGUCAGGAAGGACUGGGUCAGCUGAGCCGGAGCCGGUGGUGUCCGUGUCGCUGCGGUCCACCGUGUGUCCAUCCACAGGAUCUGCAGUGACACCAUGUAAAGCUUUCGUCCAGAAGAGCUCCUGUCAGAAGCCCUCGCUCCGGGACGCCCCGAGCCACAAGAGUCCCAUUAAGUCCCCCAGUCAAUACUUCCAGAUCUGUUACUGAAGCCUGUUCCAGUCUCACGGAGUCCCUUAGUAUUAGGUUACUUUCUGAAGAAUAACACUGCCUCCAGUGAAAAAGUGCAUCUCCUGUUGUCUCUCACAAAUUAGUUUAGAGCUGUUUAAAUGCUGCUUGAUCUGUGCAGAUUUCUCUCCUGAUUCACACCAGAACACUUUUUCACCGGAGGAAGCGUUAUUAUGGAUUAUGGACUCGUAUUUUAGUUUAAAAUGUCUUGAUGAUGGAUUUGUUCUUAGUCGUAUUUGGUGCUGAAUUAAAGCAAAUCAGAUUCA